AUGGGCUUAACUGAAAGCGUCACGGCGAUUCCCAUUACGGACGCUUCAAAUGACGUUACUCUCAAUGAAAAUACGCAGCCUUAUAAUCCCAAAAUUCAAGGCAGUUUAGUGGAACUUUCUGAAUAUACGCCUGAAGAAAAUUCUAAUCAACCUAUUAACACUAAGAUAAUGAAUAAUGGAGAGGGUUUUGUAGCAAAGGAAGCGGAAAAUGAGGUGGAGGAGGAAUCUGACAUACCUGUCUCAGUUUCUUUAUCGUCAGAUGAAGGUGGAAGCGAUGACGAAAUUUCAUCAAGCUUCAGUGACAGUUCCAGCUCUUCAAGUGGUAGUUUAUCAAGUGAUUCCGAGAGCAGUGGAAGUGAGAGUUCCCGGCAUCUAUCUGCUGUGGAACGACGGAAGUCUUUUGGAGAAAGAGAUCCAUUUAUGGAUGAGAAUGAGGUUCUUUUUGAUGGUGACGAAAUAAACAUUCCAGUACAAAGAGUUUCCUCUAAGAGAUAUAAGAGAAGUUCAAUAAGUCGAAAAUCACAUACUUCUAACGAUGUCGAACUUGUUAAAACUGACUCGAUACAGGACUCACCGUCAAAUUACUGCUCUAAACAGAGUACAUCAGUUCGUAAUCGUUGUCAGGACUCGUUGCGUAGUCUGGAUGAACAUGAUCAACAUCGUCUUCCUCGAUCAGGCUCCCUUCCAUCAAUUAUCUCUCUUAAACUCCAUGAAGAGGAUCUGGAUGAAUCAAUUGAAUCUGGUCUCGAGGCUUCUAAGGCCGAUUCGAGCUCUCGAAAUAAUUCAGUAUUAUCUCAGAAGAUUAAAUCUGCACAAAGGCGAAGAAUACAUGAGGAGGAGGAGGUAAAUAAAACUGCUGCAAAUCUGGAGGGGACAGACAGUUUGAGUGUGACCAGGUUGUCUGCUCCUGCUGCAGAUUCUCGACCUCCAGUUCAAAAGCCCGUAAAAUUUACCUCCAGUGCUAAAUUAGACAUGUUCCUUGCCAAUAAAGCUAUUGAAGAUGAAACGAAAGGAAAAAUAGUCUUACAAGAUUCCCCUUCUUCACCUCUUCCUAAUGGAAUACUUCAAUCUCCUAUUGGAAAGACUUACCUUAUCCCAAGAAUUCAGACCCAGAUUCUUCCUAGACAGACAAAUUGCAAAAUAUUUCAUAUUGAUCAAAAGGAAGAGGAGCAACAGAAAGUUGGAAUGUCUUCAACGCCACUUAGUCUACCACGUCCUAAGAGUUUAGUGGCUUCUGGUAUAUCUACGGAUUCCAUUAGACGAAAUUCUGAAAUUAUUCAGCUGAAUGAAUCUCAGAAGUUGGCUACGUCAUCUAUGCCUUACUCACCCUCACAAUUUUACUCGGUUGAUUCUACUCCACGCACUACUAGGCCAGUUUAUAGCCCAGCGUCCUCAAUGAAAAGUCGAUUCAGUGAUGCACAAGAUGACUUCAGCGAACGAUCUCACACUACCAAUGGAAGCAGUACCAGCAAACGUUACGUUUUCCCCGAUGGCAUUGUUUUCCAUACGAGUGGAUCUUAUAACAGCACCUCCAUGAUAAAUAUCCCCCCAAGUACCUCCUCUAUUCAUCGCACUGACGCACGAAGAUCUCGACCUAAGAUAAUUCCCGUUUCAUCGACCUCCAAAACAAGAUCCCUUGCACCAAAUCACAAUUUACAGCCACAAUACCGCCAUCAUCAUCAUCGCCUUAGCGAAGGAGCAAUAACUAGCUUGAAUCGCACGGAUACAGGCAUCAACUUUGAAAUUCCAAUCCAAGCAAAUUUAAAUGGAGAUGAGAGACCUGUUGAAAUUCAAGACACCUCGAUGCCAGCUCAUAAAAAGUCGAUUUUAGCUAAUCGUGGUCAUCAAACACGACCUAGAUCGUUCAUGGAUAUACAACCAACCACUCAGCUAUCUCCUCUCACUUCUACGCCAAUUGCAAGAAAUGGAAGCACAGGAAAGACCGUUUUCAGAACGUCUUCAUCUCUCCCACCGAUCUCACAAACCUCUUGUUCCCAGGAUAAUCGAAAUAAUUGUGCUUUAACUCCAAGUACAAAAGUUCGCUACAGGAGUUUCGCCCACAAGGAUAAGAAGGGUGAGGAAAAUGGUUGCGUACAUACACGUGCCGGCUCGAGAACACGUUUCAGUACCAGUUUGCAGGUCAUCGACGCCGACGAAUAUGAUCGACGAUCAGAAAAGACAUGGGUCAAACUUACCCCAUCAGAUAAGGCAUCUAUUCGGGAAGAGCUGAAUCUCUACAAGUCAAACGAAAUGAAAGUCCAUGAAGACAGCCGCCAAUUCACCAGGUUUUAA